AAUCCUACCCACAAUGCAUGAAUUUUUGCCGCCACUUCCAAAGUUUUCCUUUGGUUUGCAGUUGAUUAUGUAGGAAGCCUUUUGCUUGUUUACCAACGCCUGUAUAAAGGAUGCCUCGUCCUAUUCUAGCUGAAGUUGGAGACAAGGUAUUCCUUCUGAUCAAGGAGUAUGAGGAUGCCACAAUCCAGAAGCGAGGUCAGGUAGUGAGUGACACCAGAAGGUACUUCUGUCAACUGAUCGAUGUACUGAUCACAGACCUCAACUCAGUGUCCCAGGAGCUGAGUAAGACUUCAGGUGGCAUGCCACAAUGUCAGAUGCUUCUACAGUUCAUACGGCAUGGGGUGGACAACUUCCCCUGGUUGUUUGUACACGAGCCGGUGUCCUCAGAUGACCCCAGCCCUGACACGUCCCAGGCCAGGGGAGACCUGACACUGACACAGGAUGGGUACAGGGUGUCUAAAGGCUUCAGCUGCUGGGUGAUGUGCCACCUGCUGCGCCUGCUGGCAGAACCAAAGUGCGAGCCCCUCCACAGCAUCUCCCUGGACAUCCUCACCUCGCUCAUGCACAUGAUCCGCAUCAAGGACGUCUUCAUGUACCAGGAGCUGACCACAGAGUUUCUCGCUCUUAUCGGAAGCUUGAUUAGCAUAAGCAAGACCGUGUUCAGAUUUGGCGAGAUCACGACGACGGACCAGCCUAUCUGCUUGGAGUAUUUCGUUCAGCAGGAGGACACGAGUGCUUCUGGGAGUCAGACCAUGAAGGACGAACCCGUCAGCAUUAAGCAUUUCGCUAAUCUGUACCUGCUGCAGAUUGCACUGAGCCAGCUGAUUGGCCAUCUGGUACCAGAGUUGUGCCAGUUCCUUGCCCACCAAGUUCCACUGCUUUGGGCAGGACUGUGCUGUCAACUGGAGGUGGGAGGACCUUCACUCAAAAAGGAGUCCCUCUUGGUACUGACUACCUUGAUUACCCAUGUGGGUCUGCCGUCUGCUGGUUUGUUAGACUACCUGAUGGGGUGUGUUCUCUCCUUACUGAGGCUACUGGCAACAACUUCUGUCUCUGAAGGGUAA